AUGCGUCGUGCCGCUACGAGGGCGUUUCGGACAUGUCAAUGCACUGUUCGAGGCCACCGCAGUCUCUCGUACCGAGCUAAUCGACGGGGCUCCUACGUCCACAGCUCUCUGCUGCAGAGUCAGAUCCCUGCCCACAACCAACAGUCCCUCCGCUUCUCCUUCACCUCGCGAGCGCCCAUCAAGCAUGCCCACCCCGUAAGAGAGCCUCUCCAAUCCUCGAUGAAUGCACGCAGGGCCACGGUCGCCCUGCUGUCCGGUAUUGUCGGCUACGGUGCCUACUACUCCUACAACGGCAAUUCGACCGACACCGCUGCCGCCCUCACCCGCGGCUUCUCGUCUUCCUCGUCGUCGCCAACCAACCCUGGCGAUGCCAUUCCCACCCGUUCCGUCCUCGUCAUAGGAGCUGAGGAACUAUCCACUGGCACAUUUGUUGGGGAGGGUCCGAUAAGCAAGACGACGGAUGACGAGGGUCGGGCCAUUGUCGAGAUGCUGACGGCUGACCAGUCGUCGCAGAAGCUGAGGAAGAUGGAGGAGUCCUUCCUGGUCAACAGGGGGAGGGGUGUUGUCAGGUACGACCAGGUACAAUUGCCAAGCAAUAAUCCGAUCGAGGACGACCAUGCCGAGAAAAUCGUCGAGGUCCCCGUCAGGGGCGCCUCCGAGUCUGGCAGCGACUGGAUGUUUUGGGGAGUCUUCGACGGCCACUCCGGCUGGACAACCUCGGCGAAGCUGCGACAGGACCUCAUCCGCUACGUCGCGCGUGAGCUCAACGAGACCUACAAGGCCGGCGGAAACUCCCCUACAUCGGAGGCUGUCGACACGGCAAUGAAGAAGGGUUUCACACGUCUGGAUGACGAGAUUGUUCACCAUAGUGUGCAGGAAGUCUUGAAGUCAAACUCCCGCUCUGUCGCCGCAGAGCUGCUCGCGCCAGCGCUUUCCGGGUCUUGUGCACUGCUGUCGUUCUACGACAGCCAGUCGAACCUCCUUCGUGUCGCUUGUACUGGGGAUUCCCGGGCCGUUCUGGGGCGUCGCUCCGAGAAUGGAAAAUGGACUGCAACUCCGCUCUCUGUCGAUCAGACCGGCGGAAACCCAGAUGAGGCCAACCGGUUGCGAAAGCAGCACCCUGGCGAGGAACAUGUCGUUCGCAACGGCAGGAUUCUAGGGGGGCUGGAGCCAUCGCGUGCGUUUGGUGACGCUAGCUACAAGUGGAGCAAGGACAUCGCGGAAAAGUUGCGGCAAUCAUUCUUUGGCCGCUCCCAGUCUCCCCUCCUCAAGACGCCCCCUUAUGUGACGGCGGAGCCCAUCGUCACGACUACCAAGGUCCAGCCUGAGAAGGGCGAUUUCCUGGUGCUGGCUACUGACGGACUGUGGGAGAUGCUCACCAAUGAGGAGGUCGUCGGACUCGUGGGCAAGUGGCUCGAAACUCAGAGCAACGCGGCCCCAAAAUCACAAUUUGACUCGGUGUGGACCAAGAUCUUCGGUGCAUCACAGAAGAAUGGCCUCCCAGUUGAGCAAGGCACAGCUGCAACUGGAGGCGACGGUCAGAAGACACCGAUUCGUGUGCGACAGUGGGGCAUCUCAAACGACGACGACAGGUUUGUCGUCAAAGACAGCAACGUUGCAACCCAUCUCAUUCGCAACGCUCUGGGCGGAAAGAAUGAGGAGAUGGUCUCGGCACUGCUGACGCUUCCCUCCCCUUAUUCGCGACGAUACAGAGAUGAUCUCACGGUCCAAGUCAUCUUCUUUGGCAAUGGCGAGAAGGCUCAGAACCAGAGCGAGGAGGUCGUCAUCAACAAAGAUGCCACAGCACCGCCCAAGCCUCUCAAGGCGAAGUUGUGA